CGGAGCCUCUACUUUGUCUUUGACCAGCUUCCUUUCUUCUCGAUAACGUCAAGCGACUAAAAAAUAUUCUUUUUGUUUUAUUAGUUUUAAGAAUAAACUUGACCUUUAUACGUGAAACAUGUAAUUUCGUAACCCCGCUAACAUUUGGUUUUUUCCUACAAUUUUACGUAAUUGUUUUAUGUUACUACCGAGUGUAAAUACUAUUGUUAGGUUAGGAAUUGAACGUUAUAAAAAAUUAAGAUAAAACAUCUAUAAAUGAUUUGAAAAGUUACCCAUUAAAUAUGGAUUUCGUGAAGCGAGAGGAAAAUAAUAUCCUGGAUGAGGAGAACUAUAAAAUUUACAUGGAAAACCUGCAAAAGUCACAUCAAAUUGACACAACCGACUGUCAUCACACAAUGUCAAUGGAGCAACUCCAUCAAGCGGUCGUCCAAUCAUCCUUAAACACCAGUACAAUUGUUCACAACUUCCCACUGCCUAUAUCGCCGAGACAAAUUUCUACACUCAUGAUGAAGACUAACCAUCUCUCACGUUCCCUAAAUUUCAAUGAAAUACCUGCUCACUUGCCAAAAAAUUUAGCAAUGGAUAUGGAAUUAUUGGGACUACCAAAUGACCUAUCACAUAACUUGAGGCACGAGGAGUUGUUAAGCCAGAAUUUAUCCAGAAAUAUAGAUAACUUAAUGCUAGCCCGUACUCUAAACAAUGAUUUUGAGCUGCAAAACAGUUUAGCGCACAUACAAAGUUUGCAGGAGCAAGAAAUUAAUAGAAGUUUAAAUGCAGAGAUGGCACAUAAUUUGAAUAGAGUUAAUCUGUCGCAAAAUAUGAGUCGAGAUAUGCAACAUGAUUUGGGCAACGAAAUUGACUUGUCUCACUUAAGCCGUCAGAAUUUAGAGCAAGAUGUUAUAAUGGCCCAGGAAGUUGCACGACGGAGUCCAUUAGUACAAAAUGUUGAUAAUCAUUUAUUAGAACAACAUAUAGCUCAAAGGUUGGAGCAACACAUGACAUUGAAAUUGGAUCAGGCUGUAGAUAGAAUUGACCAUUCCCUCUCACAAAGAUUUGAUCAAAGGUUGGACCCAAGAUUGUUGAACUCUGGUGCACUGCAUGACCAACGAGUGUUAGAGCAAACUGAGCAAUUGUUUCCAAUGCCAAUGAAUAUAAAGUCGGAGCAAGAAGACGAUGGGUAUUUCUAUGAAAAUAUAAACCAAGGCCUUAGCAGUACAGGAAUUAAUGGAGAAAUUCUGACUCACACGGAACACCCGACCCAACCGAAUGCGGCAAUACAUCAAGAGCCUUUGUACACGCACCCCGUCUACAACAACCAGAACCUGCCGGUACCCGCUUUGAACCCCAUCGACAUAUACUCGCGACCGCAAAACUACGUGCAGAAUUACAUUACAGAGAACCCUCAAAACUUGGUGAUGCAACGACAGUUCGAGAACGCCAGCCCAUACACGGAAGAUUUGAAAAAGUUACGUCAAGAUUCCAUUAAAAAGAAUGACGUGAAAACCGCGCAACCCAAAGAAAACUUAAAACCGACAGAUCAGAACAAAAUAUACUACGGUUAUGUAAACGAUUACGCUAUAGUGGAAAAGAAUGAGAACGAUUCCAGUUCUCACAACAAAUUGACCGAGGAAUUAGCUAUGAGCAUAAAAGGUGAAUACAUUUGCUAUAAAUGCAACGAAGUGUUCCCUUCGAAAAGAGUGUUGAAACAACACGCUAAACUAUGUGACAAUGCCGAGGGGGCAGAUUUGGAAAAACUAGGUAAAUUCACAUGCAGCCAGUGUGCCUACAGAUGCCAGUCACCUGCUAUAUUGAAAAUUCACGAAAGGACUCACACCGGUGAAAAACCUUAUGCAUGCACCUUUUGUGAUUACAAGUCUGGACAAAAGAAUAAUGUAGCAAAACAUAUAUUAGUUCAUAUGAAGCAGAAACCGUUUGGUUGCCAGUACUGUGACUAUCGGUGUGCGCAGAAAAACAAUUUGGUGGUGCACGAACGAACCCACACGGGAGACAAACCAUUUGCAUGCCCGUACUGUGAUUAUCGGACUGUGCAAAAACCUAAUUUAGUCAAACACAUGUAUUUGCACACCGAUCAGAAACCGUUUAGCUGUGAUCUAUGCAAUUAUAGGUGCGUACAGAAAGCCAAUCUGACGAAACAUAAGCAGAGGCAUAUGAAUGAGAAAGACGGGGAAAAAGUUGAUGUUAAAAUGCAGAUGAAACCGUACAAACCCAGGCAGAAGUCUGUCAAAUGUCCACUCUGUUCGUACAGAUGCGUGCAAAAGUCUAGCCUAGAGAAACAUAUGCAGUAUAAACAUGUGGACGCUGUCGAUUGUCAGGAAAACUUAGACUGUGGUCUCAAUCUGAUGAAAAGUGUUUGUGAUAAAAAUGAUCUUCACAGUGAACCCCAUCACGAUCACAACAGUGACAAUGGAUUGAAUCUUAUGAAAAAUGGACAUGUCAAUGACAUUGAACAUGUUUCUAUAUUUCCCAAGUGCGACAAAAGUUCUGUUUGAGAAGUGAAAACACUAAAGU